UUUGCCACGUAAAGCGUUUUCCACCACAAGCAGUUCAGAAUGUCCCCUCUGAUAUGCUGUUGUAUGACGUCACUCAAACAUGGCAGCGCUCUUGGAGAUGAAAUGAACAUUCACUUUUAAGCGAAUAAAAUGCACCAGAGCUUCCGUAUUAUAUGAUGUUUAGCACACGUUUGCAGAGACGUGAAAAACGGUAAAAGAUCUUCUCUGUUUAUACUCAUAAACCUGUAAAAACUACUGCCAUUGUAGUUUUGUUUGUUUCUACAUUAUUCGAGUAUCGGACAAUAGACCGCCGCAUGUUUGAAAACCGGAUCAAGUAGGAAUAUCCAGCAUCCGACAUUGAAUAAUACGGGCUAACUGCAUACACGUACAUUAGAGAUUAAACAGUGCUGUAAAUAAGAAGAAUAACUCCAGGUGUUACAACUGAGAUCUGCGUGAUAAAUCAUUGUAAAAUGAUGUUUAUUAAAGAAGAGAGUGAGGACAUGAGUUAUCCAGAACCAUGCAGUUCAAAUGCCAUGAAAGAUGAAGAGACUGAGGAACAAAGAGAUCUGAAGGAAGUGAAAGAGGAAAGUCAAGAACUGAAUGAAGUGGAAGAGAAACGUCAUCCAUAUCAGACACUUCAUGAUUUCAUAACUGGACAAAAUUCUUUUAGUAGUUCACAGGCUGAAAAUAAUUUCUCACAAAAAAGAACUCAAAGAACAAGAGCCAAAUAUUCUUUCAUCUGCCCUCAGUGUGGAAAAACUUUUACACAGAAAGGAAGUCUUAAUAAGCACAUGAGAAUUCACACUGGCGAGAAGCCUUUCAAAUGCCAUCAGUGUGGGAAGAGUUUCAGACAGGCAUUUAGUCUAAGAGAUCAUCUAUCCUUGCACUCUGGAGAAAAGUCAUAUAGCUGUGAUCAGUGCGGCAAAACAUUUUCUUCAGCAUCACUCUUAAGAACACACCGGAAAAUUCAUCCAAUUGAAAAGCCUUUCUUGUGUUCACUUUGUGGAAAGAGCUUUUCACAUCGGCACAGUUUAAAACACCAUCAGAGAAAACACACCGGCGUGAGAGAUCAUGUGUGCUCUGAGUGUGGGAAGGCCUUUCACAAAGCUAAUGACUUGGAACUGCACCACAGAGUCCAUACUGGAGAAAAACCUUACAUGUGUUCACAUUGUGGAAAGAGUUUCACUAGUUCUGGAAACCUGAAAAAGCAUGAGAGAGUGCAUACUGGAGAGAAGCCAUACAACUGCACUUUAUGUGGGAAGAGAUUCACUAAUUCUGAAAACCUGAAAGCACAUGAGAGAGUGCAUACUGGAGAGAAGCCGUACCACUGCACAUUAUGUGGGAAGAGUUUCAGUAGUUCAGGAAACCUGAGAAAACAUGAGAGAGUGCAUACUGGUGAGAGGCCAUACAACUGCACAUCAUGUGGGAAGAGUUUCACCCAAUCCAGUAAUCUACAGACUCAUUAUAAAAAAAAGCAUUGUCUAGGGUUGUCACAGUGAGCUAAGUUCAUCUUGAUAUGCCUUGCAGAUGGGAUGAAAUUUAGAAACAUCAAGAUUAUAAUUUGUAGUGAUGCACCGAUAUGGAAUUUCCGGUCGCCGAUAUAUUGUGCAUCCCUGGGAAUUUCUUUUAAAAGAACAAUUACAGUAAGUGGGUGAAUUGCUACAUUUAUAAUGACACUUUCAAACACGAUGACAUUUUUUUUUUUCUAUUAGUCUAGUAUUUUAUCUAUCCCUAUGCUCUUGGAUUUAAAAGAAUAUUGGUUUUGUUCAAGUAAUGGAAUUUUGAAGUAGCGCAAUAGGCUUAUAUGGAGUCUGUGUAGCAAUGUUUAUAGGAUCAUAUUUCUAUAAUGACAUUUUCGAAUAUGAUGAAAUGUUUUUUUUUUUUUUUUGUCUAGUAUUUUCUCUAGACCUCUACACACUCUGAUUUAAAGGAAUAUUGGUUUUGUUCAAGUAUAGGCCUUGAAAGUAGUUCAAUAGUCUUAUAUGGUCUCUGUGUAUAGCUAUGUUCAGAGGCUGAUAUUUCAAUAAUGGUACGUACCAACAUUAUUUAUUUUUCGUUAGUCUAGUAUUUUAACUAUCCCUCUAAGCUCUCUGAUUUAAAAGAAUAUAUUGUUUGGUCAAGAUAUCCUGUAGGCUUUUUAAGUAAAGCAAUAGGCUUAUAUGGUGUAAAUGUCUAGGGGUGUUCUGAGGCUCAUAUUUCAAUAAUGACUUUCGAACAUGAUGACAUUUUUUCUUUAUUGCAGUAUUUUAUCUAUCCCUCUAAGCCCUCUGAUUUAAAAGAAUAUUGGUUUUGUUCAAGUUAUAGGCCUUGAAAGUAGCGCAAUAGGCUUAUAUGGUGUCUGUGUAUAGCAAUAUUUAGAGGCUGAUAUUUCAAUAAUAACACUUACCAACAUUAUUAAAUGUUUUUUUUUCAUUAGUCUAGUAUUUUAACUAUCCCUUUAAGCUCUCUGAUUUAAAAGAAUAUUGGUUUUGUUCAAGUAAUUGAAUUUGAAAGUAGCGCAGUAGGCAUAUAAGGUGUAUACACAGAUGAGCCAAAACAUUGACUACCUGCCUAAUAUGCUGUUGGUCCUCCACGUUUUUUUGAACUCUUCAUCAUGUUCCUUAAACCAUUCCCGAACAAUGUGUGCAGUGUGGCUGGUGCCUUAUCCUGCUGAAAGAGGCCACUGCCAUCAGUGAAUACCAUUGCCAUGAAGGGGUGUAACUGGUCUGCAACGAUGUUUAGGUAGGUGGCUCGUGUCAAAUUGACAUCCACAUGAAUGGCCGGACCCAGGGAUUCCCAGCAGAACAUUGCCCAGAGCAUCACACUCCCUCCACCGGCUUGUCGUCAUUCCCACAGUGCAUCCUGGUGCCAUCUCUUCCCCAGGUAAAUGGUGCACACGUACACGGCCGUCCACGUGAUGUAAAAGAAAACAUGACUCAUAGGACCAGGCGACUUUCUUCCACUGCUCCAAGGUCCAGCUCCGACGCUUGUGUGCCCAUUGUAGGCACUGGUGUACAGGGGUCAUCAUGAGCACUCUGACCGGUCUGCGGCCAUACGCAGCAGUGUGCGAUGCACUGUGUUGUGACACAUUCCUCCCGUAACAAUCAUUACAAUUUUCUGUGACUUAGACCGUAUGUCGGUUCAGAACAGAUGGGAUAGCCUUAAUUACCCUUGUGCAUCAAUGAGCCUUGGGCGCUCAACACCCUGUUGCCGGUUUGUGGUUUGUCGGUAGGUACUCACCACUGCUGACCGGGAGCACCCACAAGCCUUGCCGUUUCAGAGAUGCCCAGCUGUCUGGCAGUUUGGCCCUUCUCAAAGUCGCUCAGGACUGUACACCUUAUAUUCAACAUGUUGGCUACGAGAACUGAUUGUUCCCUUACCAUCUAAUCUACCCAGACCUUGGCAUGUGGCCUUGUUAGGAGAUGAUCAACGUUAUUUGCUUCAUCUGUGAGUGGUCAUAAUGUUUUGGCUCAUAAGUGUAAGUAUGUUGUGAGGCUCAUAUUGGUUUUGUUAAAGUUAUAGGCCUUGUAAGUAGCGCAAUAGGCUUAUAUGGUGUAUGAGUACAGUGGAGAUCUGAGGCUCAUAUUUCAAUGUCACUUUCGAAAAUGAUGAAAAUGUUUUUUUUUCUGUUAGUCAUAUUUUAUCAAUCCAUCUAAGCUCUUGGAUUUAAAAAAAAAAAAUAUUGGUUUUGUUCAAGUAAUCAAAUUUUAAAGUAGCUUUAUAUGGUGUAUUUGUAUAGCGGAGCUCUGAGGCUAAUAUUUCAAUUAUGAUACUUUCGAACGUAGUCAAGUAUUUUAUCUAGACCGCUACGCUCUCGGAUGUAUACGAAUAUUUUUUUGUUUUUUCAAGUUAUAGGCUUUCCAAAUAGCGCAACAGGCUUAUAUGUAUGUCAUAUUUCAAUAAUGAACCAGUGAUAAUGAGCAAACUAUAAAAAGACUGGUUAUUUUUCGAUAUGCUAUGAGAUUCUCUUUCCUCUAUAACCAGAUUUGUAAGAAUAAUUGAAAUAAUACAGUUAUAGGCUCAUAUUUCGAUCAUGAAACAAUAUAAGAUGACACCGCACAUCAGUUAAUUUGUUUAAUGAUUUCUGCUACGUGGCUACAAUUAGAGAUUUUUGUAUAUGUUAAACCAUACAGAUAUAGGAUCUAAUUUCGAUCAUGAAACACAAUAAGAUUACAAGACACAUAAUUUCGUUUGUCUUGUAAUUAGUGCUAUCUUAUUACAAUAUGGGAUUUUGAAGAAUCAUUUAAAGGGCUCAUGACAUACUCAUUUAUUUUUUAAUAAUAUAAAAUCUUCCCUGAGGUCCAUUUAUAAUGUUAGUAAAUAUUUUUUUUAUUUUUUUUAUUAUUUGGACCAAACAGUCAUAAUUUAGUCCUAUAUAAUAAUUUUAUUAUGUCUCUGGCCCUCUGUUUGAAAUGCUCAGUUUUAAGCUGUCUGGCCCUUUAAGACUUCAAUGUAAACACCCACUGUUCUGAUUGGCUAACAUCAUGCAGCUCUUCCAAUACAGCCAUAUUUGAAAUUCAAUCAGAAGAAAAUGAACAAACUCCACACAACAUUUCAGGGUUAACAUAAUGUACACCCAUCACAUUUCAUCUGAAUGUAUCAAACUCAAGCACAGCAUAAACUAUCAAACAGUCAUGACAUUUAAAAAAACAUUUGUGGAUAAAAUUGGUUAAUUACUGUUUUUCGUCCAAUUUUAACUGCCCCAUCUUUCAAUUUCAGUUCCUUUGAAAAGCUUGAAUCAUAUUGUAAUUCACGCUGAAAUAUUUUGAAUACUCAAAUGUAAUACAAUACACUGUGAUGUUGGGUGAUUCAACAGGCCAAUGCAGAGACACUGCUCUUCACAUCUCACAUUUUAUGUGUUUGUUUACACACAGGACUGAAUGUGUUUCUCCCAGACCAUGGCAGUAAUAGAAUGAGACACGUUUUUUAAAAGUUUCUCUUAAAACGCGGCGCACAUCACCGGAAACACAUCAAUACGAUCAAAGAUGUCCAUCUAGUCCAUGUUUACAAAAGACCAACAAUUAAAAAUAGCACAGAUGGGUGCAAAUUGGUCCAGGACGCCUUCAAAACAGCAGGACAGCGCGGCUGAAUGAAACACAAUGGGGGAUCCUUUUUAGAGUUAUAACUUGACAUCGCAUCUUUUAAAAGUGGCGUGAGAUGUAUGAUAACGAUCAAAGACAUGCAUGUUUAUGUAGAAAAACAUUUUAAUCCAGACAGACACAUGAAGGUAUCCUGUUUAAGUCCACUUUGGAUGAAUUUCCCAUGACAGGCACAUCUCUCUCCACUAAACCUGUGUGUGUGACUGACUGAGUGCCAGUGGGUAGGGCCAAGGGUAUAAUGACGGAAAAAUAGGCAUUGAUGUCUGUGGCAGACAAGCCACUUGUUCGGUCGGGAAAGGAGGAAGCAGGAACUGGGUUAACACUCACAAAUACUUUAAUUAGACACCAACAUAAAGCUGAAACAUUACGACACAUUGACACGCACACACAGAGUGGCCGCAUGCGUCUCUCCCUCUCCGGCAUCCCCGGCUCCUCUUUUAUCUCUCUCCUGCUGAUUGGGCAAACCCGGCCAUGCCCUCCUACUCGUCACAUACCCCCAAUGCCCGAUUUAGGCCAGGAAAACCUACGGCCUGACUUGCUCACCCCCCCCCCCGGAGGGGAAGAGUCAGCUGGUCUUCCCCACCUCCUGGGAACCUGGGUAGGAUGAUGGGAGGGAGAGAGGUGAGAGAAAGAGAGAGAAAAAAUAAGAAAAAAAAAACUCAUGUUCCCGAUCACCAACAUAAAACUGAAACAUAACGACACAUUGACGCACACACACAGAGUGGCCGCUUGCGUCUCUCCCUCUCCGGCAUCCCCGGCUCCUCCUCUAUCUCUCUCCCGCUGAUUAGGCAACUCAGCGCCAGGCGUUCAUCCUCAUGGCCCGGACACGCCCUCCUCCUCGUCACAAUGUCUUACUGAAGAGGCAGUCAUUUGCAGAUAUAUUUGGUCCUUAUGACGUCACAAGUUCCACAAAUUCCAAACGAGCUGUUUUUGCAGCCUGGUUUAAAUAAAUGCUUUUUAUAUAUUAAAGGGGACAUGACAUGAGGAAUCAAAUUUUCCUUGAUCUUUUGACAUUAGAGGUCAUUGUACUAUAAAAGCAUACUGUAAGUUUCAGAACUGAAAAUUUCCUCCUUAAUAGAAAAAGAGCAUUAUUUACAGUGCAUCCGGAAAUAUUCACAGCGCUUCACUUUUUCCACAUUUUGUUAUGUUACAGCCUUAUUCCAAAAUGGAUUAAAUUCAUUAUUUUCCUCAAAAUUCUACAAACAAUACCCCAUAAUGACAACGUGAAAGAAG